CGCCUGUUAAACCGUAACACUGCCCUGCGGGCUGCUAAACAAGCUCUGAGGAGAGAGAUCAAGCGACGGGUCGCAGCGCUGAGUGACGACGAGAAACACCGACAGUCUCUGGUGCUGUCGAGGCAGCUGUUCAGACACCCCAAGUAUGUGUCCUGUAAGAGGAUCGCAGUGUUUCUCAGCAUGGACGAUGAGGUGCGCACCGAGGAAAUCCUCAAAGACGUGUUUAAACGGGGUAAAAGCUGCUUCAUUCCCAGAUAUGAGAGCAGCGGCAGCAGCCAUAUGGACAUGUUGAAGCUCAACAGCCUGCAGGACAUGGAGACGCUGCCUCUGACAUCAUGGAACAUCCGACAGCCUGCUGAAGGGGACAACAGCAGAGAGGAAGCACUGGCUGCAGGAGGUCUGGACCUGAUCUUGAUGCCUGGCCUGGGUUUUGACCGCUUGGGGAAGCGUCUGGGACGAGGGAAGGGCUUCUAUGACACCUACUUGGAGCGCUGCAUGAGACACCCCAAAGGAAAGCCCUACACUAUCGCCUUGGCCUUCAAAGAGCAGCUGUGUCAGGACGUCCCUGUGGACGACAACGAUGUGCUCAUAGAUGAAGUCCUGUAUGAAGAUGAUGAGUAGCUAAUCAAUCACCAGUGGUGGUCCAUGAACUCAAUACUGGCUAUAUUUACAUGCCAAAGUCAGCCAACAGUUUAACCCGGCCUUUCUAAUAGUCUUUCCACUGCAGACACUUUGACUUGUUAUAGCAGGAAUAGCCCAGGUGGAACUAAUAAGACUAAUGAUGUCCCAUUGGAAUACAGCCAUCAUUAAUGUUAACAAUAUAACCGGUGGUAUUCGUGCUAUGACUUGUCAAAAUAUCAUCUGUUAUGACAUUAUACCGGUUAAGCUACUAAUUCAGUGGCUGUAUCAAUAGUCGUAAUGAAGGUGCUGGAAUAGUUUGUGCCAGUAUUCUGCUCUAUAUGUCAUGCUGAUGUUGCCAUAAAGAGCUAUUUUGGGUUUUGCUAACCACUAACUCUUUAAAAUUAAGAAUUACUUACAACAUUAAUGGACAGUUAAAUGACAAGAAAUGUAAAUAAAGUUGUAUUGGAAAAGGCA